CAUACGCAAAUCCACGACGAGCACACCUACAUAUCAAACGCAGCACCUUUAUAUCCCGUCAUGAUACUCCCACGUCAGACGUCGAGCGCUUUCGACAACCACUACUACCGCUUCUUCAACGCGCAACAGCCCGAAAAAACAAUAUCAUCUGGCAAAUCCCGCGACGCCAACGGCGCCAUCACAAUGACUGGCCUGGGUCACUUCUCCUCAUCCGAAAACUGGCUUCUCCACUUUCAAUCCGGACGCUACUUCAUCCGCAACUUCGACUACGGCGGCGAGUUCCAACUCGGGCUCGAGACCAAGACGUCGACUGAGCCUAAACUAUGGCCGAGGAGUGGGGUCGUGGGUCAGCAGUGGACGAUGAAGAAGAUGGAGGGCGUAGAUGGGAACACGUUUGUGUUGACGAAUGCGCUGCUGGGGGAGGAGUUUUAUUUGGGACUGAAUGAGCUGAAUCCGGUUAUGACCAAGGAUUUGAAGAGGGGCACACAGUGGCGGAUCGAGAUGAACGAGUCUGCAGGAAUGCCGGCGGCAGGCAGUGGGAUGAUUGAGGAUGUAGAUGGCGCCGAGAGCCUCCCACCUUCAGCAUCUUCAUCCGCAUCCCCGUCCGCAUCCUCAUCACCACCCCGAUACACUGCGCCCUCCUCACCAACCACAUUCCCAUCCCCACAAACCACACUGUCUCCCGCGUCCAACACCUCACCCCCACACAUGAGCAGCGGCGCAAUAGCAGGAAUAACAAUCGGCAUCCUCGCCUUGCUAGCCGCCCUCGCAACCCUUGUCCUCGUCCUCCGCUCGCGCCACAACAAAGCCAAAAAAGCAGCCGCAACGACUUCCAAGCGUUCAAGCCACCUUGAACACUACCCGCCCAUCUCAUCGCCGCUGCACGGCUCGUUUACCAAGUUGAGCGAAGCAGGCGCGGGGGUAACGGGGCGGUACUACGCGAGGGAGAAAGAAGUAUUCGCGUAUCAAGCUGGUGAUGGGGGCAGCGGGCCGGUGGAGAUUGAUAGUGUGAGUGUUGGGAGCGUGGCGCAGGAGUUGAGUGGGGACUGUGAGAGGAGGGAGAGGGAAGUUGUGGAGUUGGAUUGUGGUGCUGCGCCUGCGAGGCCGAGGGAGGUCAUGUGAAUGAGAAUUCGUCCUUUCGUUCGGUCUCGUGCUUUUUCUUUUGGCUCGGCGGUGCGGGAUUGGGACUCGGUAC